AUGGCCAGCACAAAUAACGUGACUGAGUUAAUUCUCACGGGCCUUUUCCAGGAUCCAGAGGUUCAGAGAGUGUGCUUCGUGGUGUUUCUUCCUGUGUACCUGGCCACGGUGGUGGGCAACGGCCUCAUCAUGGUGACGGUCAGUGCCAGCAAGAGCCUGCGGUCCCCCAUGUACUUCUUCCUUAGCUACCUGUCCCUGGUGGAGAUCAGUUACUCUUCCACCGUGGUCCCUAAAUUUAUCGCCGACUUACUCACCAAGAUAAAAACCAUCUCCUUGGAAGGCUGCCUGGCUCAGAUCUUCUUCUUCCAUUUGCUCGGUGUGACAGAGAUUCUCUUGCUCACAGUUAUGGCUUAUGACCGCUAUGUGGCCAUCUGCAAACCCCUGCACUACAUGACCAUAAUGAGCCAAGCUGUAUGUUACCUUCUGGUGGCUGGUUCCUGGCUGGGGGGACUAAUUCAUUCCAUGGUUCAGAUCUUUGUCACUGUCCAGUUGCCUUUCUGUGGUCCCAAUAUAAUUGACCACUAUUUCUGUGAUCUUCACCCUUUAUUCAAAAUUGCCUGCUCUGACACCUUUAUGGAAGGUGUUAUUGUGUUGGCUAACAGUGGCCUAAUCUCUGUCAUUUCUUUCCUCCUCUUGGUAUCCUCUUAUAUUGUCAUCUUAGUCCACUUGAGGAACCAUUCUGCAGAGGGACGACGCAAAGCUCUGUCCACCUGUGCCUCCCACAUCACAGUGGUCGUCUUGUUCUUUGGACCUGCCAUCUUCCUCUACAUGAGACCCUCUUCCACAUUCACUGAGGAUAAAUUAGUGGCUCUUUUCUACACUGUCAUCACUCCCAUGCUGAACCCCAUCAUCUACACACUCAGAAACACAGAGGUGAAAAAUGCCAUGAGAAGGCUCUGGAAAAAGAACGUGAACUCAGGAGUGGAAUAA